CCUCGCCCACAUGCUGCGCUCGAUCAUUCGCUCUUUUGUGUGGUGGACAAUGAGGACCUGAGGUCCGGGGCUUAAAAAGGAUAGGCACGCCGUUUACCGGCUAGCGGCUCCGGGACAGAGACUGAGCAAACCAAAGCUGGAUGUUUAGGGCGACCUCUCCACAAUGCUGUACACUUUAGCAGGAGGAGGAACCCUGUGCGGCGUGGCCGCCCUGGUGCUUCUCAUCGUUGCUACGGCGACAGACUUCUGGAUGCAGUACCGCUACUCGGGCAGCUCGGCCAAUCAGGGGCUUUGGAGGUUCUGCAUCAACCACAAAUGCCAUGCCCACACCCUAACCGUAGCCUUCUGGGAUGCCACCCGGGCCUUCAUGCUUCUGGCGGUUCUGAGCUGUUUUGCUGGCAUCGUGCUCGGCCUCACCGCCUUCACCAAUGGCACCAAGAACAGGAGGGUCCGGACAGGAGGCAUCGCUCUGGUCCUGUCAGGUUUUCUUGCUCUUCUGGCUUUAGCUGUUUACACAGGAGUGACCGUCACCUUCUUUGGCAAACGCUUCGUGGACUGGCGCUUCUCCUGGUCCUACAUUAUAGGCUGGGUGGCUGUGAUCUUGACGUUUGCAGCAGGUGCAUUUCAGCUCUGUGCGUACCGGCAGACCUCUGGUGAGCCCGCUCCUUCAAAUAACCCGGAGAGCUGAACAGGAGGAACCCACAGAUGGUCCUCCGGACUGUUGGACUCAACGUGAUUGCUGCUUUUGCUUCUUAAGAGUGGAAUAAAAUAAAAAUAAUAAAAACAAACCAAAGAAUGGUGUAUUCU